CCAAAUUUAUUUCUAUUUACUCUCAAUUUUCCUAAAUAAACUAAUAUCCAAGAUUUAGGAUAAGAUACUACCAGCAAGGCACACACCUAAGGAUCAGGGACACCUGUCGAGGCCAUGUCAAAGCGGCAACGUGAUGCGUUCGGUGGUCCAAACAAGAAGGCCGCCAAGAACAGAUUCAGAAAGCUGGUCCGCAAUGUCAUCCUCAACAUGCAGUGGCUCAACGAAGCCGCCGAGGACACCGGCAUCUCCCUGAACGUGAAGAAGAAUGUGGCCAUGUCGGUGCGACAGAAGCGCAAGGUCGGCAUGAUGACCAUGGCGGAGAAAUCCUUGCUGCGGACGCCGCAUCACACGCGGACCGUCGAUGAGCGAAAGAAGCUGUGCAACAUUCUGGCCAACCUGGCCUGCUUCUCCAAGUUCGCGCCGAAGGUCCGCGCUCGCCUGGUACCGCAUAUCAAGUUUAUGGCCGUCAAUCCGGGACGAACUAUAAUGAAUGAGGGUGAUAUUCCAGUUACUAUUUAUUUCAUAAUCGCUGGAGAGGUGGAAAUGUCCAGGAAUGUCUAUAACAAGGCCACCAAGCUGUUCGAGCUGCACUCUGAGGCUAUUUUUGGACCUGGCGAUUGCAUUGGCGACAUAGAUGUCCUGGAGAACUCGCCCAGGACCAACACAUAUGUGGCCACAUCUAAUUGCGAGCUCUUGGUGGUAUACAAGAACACCUACGAGCAGGUCCUGCAGCAGUCCAUGCAGAAGCUAUGGCAGGAGAAGAAGGAUGCCCUCAAGGCCCUGGACUAUUUUGAAUUCUUCAACGAAGAGCAGAUAGUGAAUGCCUGCAAAUACGCCAACAUACAUCAGUUUGAUACCCUGGAAACCAUCUACACCGAGGACCAAGGCUCCAUGAGCUCUGUGUACUUUGUGCUGAGCGGCGAGUGUGUUAUACUCCAGUGCCUCCAUAUGAAGGUCAACCUGGUCAAUCGGGAGAAGGUCUAUCAGCUGGCCAAGGUCACCAAGAUGUUGUCUGUGGAUGAGAUAGCCAAGGACAAGAACGAGGCGUACUUUGAUGUCCAGGACUAUGUGAUGACCACAUCCUCGGAUGAUGAGAAGAGUCAGAAUAAAACAAGGGGGCUGCGCAAGAUGGGCCUGCAGGAGAUCCAGAAGGGUUGUGCCGAUAUGAAUAGAACCAUAAUCCGUAGGUCCACCAAGACCGAAGGAUUACGUCCCAAGGCGCGCAGAAACACCCGCAACUGGGAGAAGGAGAACGAGGGUGCGGGGGGAAAGCCAAAAAGAAAACGGGAGCUCUAUGAGCGAUAUUUAACCGGCAUGGUUGAGGGUGAGGAGGAGGAGGGUUAUGAUCUCUCGGAGAGCCAGGACUCCAGCCACUCCCUGUCCACGUUGCACUCAUCCGUGAGCAGUGAACUGAAUGUGGAGAACGAGACGGAGGGCUCGGAGAUAUUCACCGCCACCAAUGAGUCGCAUGGCAGUGUUCAUACCCGCGAUUCGGGCGAUGAUCUAGACAAGGACCGCUAUGAGACGCACUUCAUCGAUGUGGGCUCCCUGUCCUAUGGCGGCAUCUUUGGGCUGGGCGAAAAGAUGGCCCAUCGCGUGAUCAUGGCUCGGACCACGGUCCAGUGUAUAUUGAUACCACGCUUCUGGCUCCUCGAGGCCGCCCAGAAUCCGGGUAAUUUGUGGCAACGCAAGCGUUUCUACAUUGAAUGUAACAUACCCACCAGGGAGGCACUCUUCAAGAACUUCCUGAAGACUCGCAAGUGGGAAAAGUUCCGGCAUGACUAUAUACAGGAGAUCCUGGCCUCCACCACCCUCACUCGGUUCACCAAGGUCGAGGAUAUACCCAUCAUCAGUCGCAUUGUGGAGACGCGAGCCGAUGAUGUCUGACCGCAGUCUAGUUGGUUUAUACAUGUACAUACUAUAUUUUCACGUUCGCAGCAUUAUAAAACGAUUACUAGUGAGUGUAA